AUUCUUAUUUUCUAAAUUUGUGGUUUUCAUUGCUGGCUGGUCUUCAGAAGAGGUUUUGGUUGUAGUUGUGGAUAGAGCAAAGGCCAAAGGGGAUUGCCUUCAAUUCAUCAAUUCCCACGUAGUCAUGGUAUUAUAGCUUACCAUUUUUCUGCAUUCUUUGCUCCAAUUCUCAAGUCUUGGCACAUCAUAUAUACUUUUAGUUUGGUCAUUGUAGGGGCAUUUGUAAGUGAAUUAUGGCUGGACAAUUCAAGAAGUGCUUGCUGAUAUGCUGUUCAAGAAAGUCGUCUACGGUUACGACGAAAAUGGCGGACGAGACAUACGAGGAAGCCAUUGCCGGCCUGAAGAAGCUUCUCAGUGACAAAACUGAGCUGGAGGGUGUUGCCGCCGCGAAGAUCAAGCAGUUGACGGCGGAGUUGGAGGCAGCGGCUGCCGGGAAAACGUCUGACGCGGUUCAGACGAUCCGAACCGGGUUCGCUCACUUCAAGGGGGAGAAAUUCGAGAAGAACCCUGAUUUGUAUGGGCAGCUCGCCACAGGUCAAAGCCCCAAGUUCAUGGUAUUUGCCUGCUCCGACUCCCGCGUUUGCCCCUCUCAUGUCCUCAAUUUUCAACCCGGGGAGGCUUUCGUUGUCCGCAACAUAGCCAACAUGGUCCCACCUUAUAAUCCGGCCAAGUAUUCCGGAGCCGGGGCGGCCAUCGAAUAUGCUGUCAUGCAUCUAAAGGUGGAGAACAUUUUGGUCAUUGGACACAGCCGAUGUGGAGGGAUAAAAGGACUCAUGCAUAUUCCUGAUGAUGGGACCACCCAUAGUGAAUUUAUUGAGGAAUGGGUGAAAAUUGGUAUGAUUGCCAAGUCCAAGGUGAAAGCUCAGUGCAGUGAUUUGGGCCCUGAUGAGCAAUGCGAAUUGUUGGAGAAGGAGGCUGUGAAUGUAUCAUUGGGUAACUUGCUAACUUACCCUUUUGUGAGAGAGGCUGUGACGAAGAAGACCCUUGCUUUGCAAGGUGGACACUACGAUUUUGUGAAGGGUGGUUUUGACGUUUGGAACCUUAACUUCAGCCUUUCUCCUUCUAUCACAGUAUAAUGCCAUGCAAUUUUACUUGUAAUAUUAUAAUUUCCUAAUAAGUUUUUUUCCUUUGUUCAGUUGUAUCUCUUAUGUGUAAAUCUGUCCCUACAGAAUGAUAGGGACACAAAUAAGGUUUCCUUGGGUUUCAUGGAAUUAUAAUAUGAAAUUUUCAGUUGUUAUGCCUUUCUA